AGACAACAAACAUCUCCAAACUAUCAACUGGUGUCGCGAAGUCGUCCGGUUCAUGAAUAAGCUCAUACCGUCAGUCUUUGGAAUUUGUGACCAAAGGACACCAACAACCGAGGACCAUGAGGCGGGGAUCCGGCUCCACCAAGACGAGGAGCAGCACUUAUAUCCGCGGCUACCGCAGGCUGGCCCCCACCUCCCAGGUGGAUGAAACCCUGUUUGGGGGCCCAAACCCGUUGGACAAGCCGGGAAACUCGGCCUCCAAGGCCCCAAAGAAUCCGUCCAGGAGGAACCAAGAAAGAGAGACUAUUCAAAUAAUCACCAAAGACCUCAUUCGCAACCUCAGGAUCCCAUUGAAGGAUCCUUCAGUGGAUUCUGUCAUUCUGCCAUCAGCUGAGUUUCAGCGGAUCCCCUCAACGGCUCGAGUUCUCACCAAGGAGGAGCCGGAGGCCGUGAGGGAGGCCCAUCAGAGAAAGAAAGAGGAGGGCAUUAGAGCUGCAGAGGAAAUGAAGCGUAAAAUCCACGAGGCAGACCUCUCACGUAUGAAGAAUCAGGCCCUGACCGAGCUGGAGCUAGAGGCCCGGGACCGCGCGCAGCGCCUGUUGGAGCGGGCCAACGCCUUAAAGAUGGAGGAAGAGGACGAGAUCAAAAAGCUCAACAACUUGAUCCUGGCUGCUCAGUGCCAAGCCACACGUGACGUCCAGAUGGAUGAGAAGAAACAGAUCCAGGCAGAGCUGUCAGAGGAGGAGAAGCGGCUGGAUGCCAUGAUGGAAGUGGAGCGCCGCAGGGCCUUGGAGACCGUGGAGCAGAUUGAUGAGCUGCACAAACAGCAGAGGAUCGGGGGAAUGCAGAACAUUUGCAAUCAGAUCCGGCAACAUCUGAAUGACAAGCAAAUGCAAGAAGUGAUGAAAGAGCAGGAGAAAGAGCAGACGCGGGAGAAACGGGAGAAAAUGAACCUGGAAGACCUCAAGGCCAUGGAGAAGAAAAGGGAGGAGCAGCAGCACCUGAACGAGGAGAUAAUGCGCAUCAACACCGAGACCAUGCAGGCCAAGGAGCAGAGGAGAGAGGAGGAGAAGCUGGCCGACAUGAGGAACAUGGAAUACAUGCGAAACAAAAUGAAGCGAGAGGCAGAAUAUGAGGCUGAGCAGAGACGUAUCAAGAAGGAGAAGGAGUUGGAGAUUGCCAGGCUGAGGGCCCGCCAAGAAAAGGCAAAAGACUACAAGUCAGAGCAGGAUGACCUCCGCGUGAGAAGGAACCAGGAGGCCUCCGACCGGGAAUGGAGGAGGAAAGAGAAAGAGCUCAGUGCAAAGAAAGCGCAGGAGAAAGCGAUGCUGAGGGCGGCUCGGAUGGAGCAGGUCCACUGCAAGGAGCACCUGCUGUCGAUGGAGGCCGGCCGGGAGAAGGCGGAGUUUGAGAGGGUGCUGAAGGUGCAACACGAAGCAAUCGUCCGACAGCAGGAGGACGAGCAGAAGCAGCAACAGAAGGCACGCAACCACGCAGACGCCAUCCGAAAUCAGGUGAGGGAGCGGGGGCUCUCGGCCGUGGCCAAGCGCAGGGAGAUCUUCAAGGAGGCCAAUCAGUUCGUCGAGGAAGCGCGGCAGAGGCGAGUACGCCUUGACGAGAUCAAAGAGAAGAAGCUGAAGGAGCUCAAGGCUACAGGGCUCUCGGAAAGAUACUGCAGUGAGGUGGAGAGGAAGGCCUGUGCACUCUGAUCCACUCACACAGGGUCUCAUUUAAGCACGAAGAACAUGUUUCCAGUACUAAUGUAACAGAAGGCAUCAAUAAAAAAAUAAAAUAAACUUUCAUGGCGUCGU